AUAUCCGAGGCGGCAAUUAAACGCCUUAUUCCCGAAGAGAUGAAGGACGAAAGGUAUUGGAACCGCAGACUAAAGAACAAUGCUGCUGCAAAGCGAUCACGUGACGCCAGGAGAGCCAAAGAGAGCCAGGUGGAGAUCAGAGUUGCCUUAUUAGAGCGGGAAACAGAGAAUUUGAAUUUAAGAUAA